CCACUUUACCAGUUUAACAUGUUUAAAAUGAGUUAAACAACAUCAUCUUCAUUAACAUCAUCAUCAAAAUCUUCAGCUAUAACAAUGACAACAAGAGUUUGUUGUGCCUAGCAACGUGAAUUGAUGGCUUUCAUCUUUCUCUUGAUUAUCCUUUCAUCCUCUUUCUGUUCUUCAGCUUUUUAGCUUGUGUCAGUCUUCUUUUUUGUUUUGUUUAUCUUUUUUUGUGUAACUCAGGUCUAAUAUAACCUGAAGUUCGAAGUUAUUAAAGCUUACUGUGCCCAUAAUCAUGAAAGAGGAGAAAUCUGGAUUUCAGAAUGUAAUCCACAAUGUUUACAAUCUCUGGUGUUUCAUCUGUCUGUAUCUUCUAGGAGCAUAUUAUGUCAUUAUUGAAUUGAACCGUAAAUUUGGGUUCAUUAACAAAGUGAAAACCUUUGAUGUAGACAGUGUCAUCACCAAUAGUCUAGAAGGACGUGUUUGUAUUAUCACCGGUGGUGGACGAGGUAUUGGCUGGGAAACAGCUAGAAGUUUGAUCAAAAAAGGAUACCAUGUUAUUGUCACAUCAUCUGCAAAGCCGGGUUCUCAGCUUGAUGCACUUAAAGCUAAGCUUUCUCCUCAAGUUGAUGGUUAUAGUGGUAAACUAGACAUUUGGCAUCUUGAACUGUCAAGCCUUACUUCAGUUAUAGAGUUUAUCAAAAAAUUCAGAGGAUCCGGCCUAGGAUUGAAUUUACUUAUUAAUAAUGCUGGUAUCAUGUUUGCCCCCUUUGCCCUCACCGAAGAUGGCUUUGAAUCUCAUUUAUCUAUAAACUAUUUAGGCCAUUGUUUACUUAUUUGGGCUUUCCUACCAAUCCUCAAUGAAACUGGAUUCAAGUCUAGAAAUCUGUCUAGGAUAGUGAAUGUUUCAUCUAGUACCCACUAUGCUCGGAAUCUCCGGCUAGAUGAUCUAAACGGAUUAAAGUUAUACUCUCCUUACCAUGCUUAUGCCCAAUCAAAAUUGGCCCAGAUAAUGUUUACCUUUAAGCUUCACCGAUACUUAAACGAAAAGGGUUCUUAUGAUUUGGUUACAGUAAAUAGUGUUCAUCCCGGUGUUGCCAAAACAGCUCUCUAUGAACAUGUUUGGUGGGUUCAAUUAUUUCCUUCUUUGGCCUCCAUGGUUUUCCGUACACCUAAAGAAGGAGCAGAAACCGUUCUGUAUGCCGCUUUAUCACCUGAAGUUGACGGUGUUGGUGGUAAAUAUUUUGAAGAUUGUGCCAUUGUUCGCGCAUCCAAGUACUCAUAUGAUGAAUCAAAACAAGAAGAGCUUUGGUCAACUACUCGAUCAUUACUGAAACCCUGGCUUGAACAAGUGGAAAUCAAUGCCAGCUAAUUAAUAAUAAAGUGAUAUUGAGAGCAAAAAAUAAAUCCAUUUUAUCAAAUAAGCAAAUUUUUUCAUUGUCAUUCUUUGACUUGAUAUUUAGAGAUAUUUAUUUACUUUUUGUAAUCAAAAUUGAAAAGAACUCUUGUCAUGUGAUUGUAGCACUUUUAUUGCCAUAAUUUAUGGUCUUGACCGUCAUCAAUGUUUUUAAAAAAACCCCUGUAAUUGCAAUUGCCAUCUUAUUGCUUAUCUCAUUAAAUCUUGCAAAUAUUUCUUGAAAAGUAUCAUGCUAGGUAUAAAAUUUCUAUUGAUUGUGCGUGAUUCUUAUGUUGAUCAAGGUUCUUUUUGCACCUCUCAAACCUUUCCGUUUGUUAAAUUUUUAAGGUCUCGUUUUUUGAUCAAAUCCCUGUCCAACAAUUAAAUUUAAUUUAUAGUAAAAUUUACAACUAUUUACUGUGCUCACAACUGUUCCAAUAGAAGCAAACCAAAUGAUAAUGACAACAGUGGAAGAGCUCAAAAAUGAGAUUAUUCAUCUCAGGUUAGAGGCAAAUAUAAAUCGUAUUUGUGUCUCUAAAGCAAUUGAAGAAUUGAAACAAUAUUGUCUCGAGAACCAGGAAAAUGAUUUUCUGGUUUCUGGUACAAUUUACGAUGAUAAUCCAUUCCGAGAAUCAAAGACUUGUGGUAUUUUCUAGUUCAACAAUGAAUCAAACCCUUUCAAUUAUUGGCAGGAAAUCCUCAAAUUUGCUGAGCUAUUCAAUGGUUGAAGAUUGAAGCCAAUGUCAUAAACAGCCACACUUACCCAAAGCAUUCUAAAUUUCACUGUAUUUCAUCCAUCAUUGUUAAAACAUGCACUUUUAACCUAAACGUCCAAUCGAUCAUGAAAAAAUUAAUUGUUAUGGAUAUAUAAUAAUUAAUAAUUUACUCUUUACCUGAUAAUAUAUAGCUUUGUUGUUAAAUUAUCCCCAAAAACAAGAUGCUUGUGAUAAUUCACCGUUGACAUGUUGGUAGUCAACCCUAUGUUGACUUGUGAAAAAGCAAUCUCAUCGUAAACUGAUGCAUAAAUAAACCAAAAAUACAUUAAAUCUCUAA